CACCGCUUCUGCCUCUCUGGCUUCCUUUCCCUCCUCGCCUACUCCAGAAGCUUUGGACAAUCCGACUUCUUCACCACCCGUUUCGAACACGAAUUGAUUGCUAGCAACAGACACAUUGCAGCAUUUUCCUCCCUUCGCUCGAAUUCUUCAUCCUUUUUCCAAUUCCAACACAUAUCCGCCCCAAUGGCCGAAUCAAAAGCCCGCACUGGCGUUGAGCCUAGCGACCGAGUCGUCAUUGGUAUCACCUUUGGCAACUCCAACAGUUCCAUUGCCUACACUGUCGAUGACAAGGCCGAAGUCAUUGCCAACGAAGACGGCGACCGACAAAUCCCCACGGUUCUCUCUUACGUCGAUGGCGAUGAGUACUACGGUGUUCAGGCCAAGAGCUUCCUCGUCCGCAACCCUACCAACACCAUCGCUUAUUUCCGCGACUUUCUCGGCAAGGAGUUCAAGUCUAUCGACCCCACUCACUGCCACGCCUCUGCUCACCCCAAGGAUGUCUCUGGCAACAUCUCCUUCUCCGUCAAGGACCAGCCUGAGAGCGAGGAGGCCUCUGACGUCAACAUCAGCGAGACUGCUGCCCGCUAUUUCCGCCGUCUCGUAGGCUCUGCUUCCGACUACCUUGGCAAGAAGGUUACUUCCGCUGUCAUCACUGUUCCCACCAACUUCAACGAUAAGCAGCGUGAGGCUUUGAUCAAGGCUGCCAACGAUGCCGAUGUUGAGGUUCUCCAGCUCAUCGCUGACCCCGUUGCUGCUGUCUUGGCUUACGAUGCCAGACCUGAUGCUGAGAUCAAGGAUAAGAUUGUCGUUGUUGCCGACCUUGGUGGCACCCGCUCCGAUGUUGCUGUCAUUGCUUCCCGCGGUGGCAUGUACACCAUCCUCGCCACUGUUCACGACUACGAAUUCGCUGGUGUCAACCUUGACCAGGCCCUUAUGGACCACUUUGCCAAGGAGUUCAUCAAGAAGCACAACAAGGACCCCCGCGAGAACGUUAAGAGCUUGGCUAAGCUCCGCCUCGAGGCGGAGGCCACCAAGAAGGCCCUCAGCUUGGGUACCAACGCUCAGUUCAGUGUAGAGAGCUUGCUCGACGGCUUUGACUUCUCUUCCACCAUUAACCGCCUCCGCUACGAGAUGGUUGCCCGCAAGGUCUUCGAGGGCUUCAACCGCCUCGUCGAGGGCGCCGUUAAGAAGGCUGAGCUCGAUGUCCUUGACGUCGAUGAGGUUAUCAUGUGCGGUGGUACCUCCCACACCCCCCGCAUUGCCAACAACCUCGCUGGCAUCUUCCCUGAGACCACCACCAUUCUCGCUCCCGCCACCAGCGCUACCGCCAUCAACCCCUCUGAGCUCCAGGCCCGCGGUGCCGCUCUCCAGGCUUCUCUUAUCCAGGAAUACGAUGCCAACGACAUUGAACAGUCUACCCACGCCGCUGUCACCACCGUUAAGCACAUUGCCAACGCCAUUGGUGUCCUGACCAUCGGUGCCAACGGCGAGGAGGUCUUCAGCCCCGUCAUGCAGGUCGAGACCGCUGUCCCUGCCCGCCGCACCGUUCACAUCGCUGCCCCCAAGGCCGGUGGUGAUGUCAUCAUCAAGGUUGUUGAGGGUGGUACUCACAUCAAGGUCACCAAGCCUGAGCCCAAGGCUAAGGAGGAGAAGCCCGCCGAUGAGGACGACAGCGACUUCGACAGCGACGAGGAUGAGGAGGAGGAGCACCGUGAGAAGAUCUGGAAGACCGGCAAGCAGCUGGCUGAGGCUGCCAUCAAGGAUGUCAAGGCCAACGGCAAGGUCGAGGUCACCGUUAACGUUCUUGGUGACCUCAGCGUCACUGUCACCGCCCGUGAGGUUGGUGGUAAGGGCGGCAUCCGCGGCACCCUGACUGCCCCUUAAAUGGUUUAAUUGACUAGGGAGCCAUCUUUUGUGUUUUUGGAAAAGUUUACAACGGUUGCCAAAAGGGGAGACAGUGUCAUGACGGAAGACUUAACACGAAUAUAAGCUGGAGUUUAUGUCAUGUUCCUUACGACCAACGGGGUUAUAGAAUAUGUUUUUGUUUUCUUUUGUCUUAUAGUUUCACAUAGCGAACGAAAAGGGCUUCGCCGGUUAGAUCUAGACGGUGAACAGGCCAUAGUUUCACACAUACUCUUUUCUUUUCAACCAGCACCAGACGUGACAUAGCUGAUAUAGCGCUCAUGUAUUAUAUUAAGUACAAUAGUAAAAGGAAACGUGCUGUUGCUCCAAACCUGUCUCUGGGACGUUUUUCUCUACCAAGCGCUCGGGGAUAAUAAAUCAACACGCCCUCCAAACUCCUUAUACCGUAUAUCCGUUUGCCUAAACGUAACCUUGUGUGAAAAAGAAUAUAAACAACACACCAAACAAGCCCAACACCUUGCAAGAAUAUAAAAAAGAAAAGCACGGGGAAUAAGACUUGCAGCAGACACACCAAAACAAACGCCACGCAGCGCCUUCGAAAAAGGUAAUAGCAAAGUCAGCUCAGGUUACCAAACCUUGACCUGGAAGUUUCCAUGCUACAAGGUCAUCUCUGAUUUCCAUCUCGUCUAGUUCACGAGGGUGUUUGUAGCCAGAUUCUGUCCUGCCACCGCGCUCAUUUCCGCUGCUGCUUCCAAGAGUAGGAGCAAGACUGGCUAUGCUGCCGCUGCGACUGCUUCGGCCAGCCAAGUCAUCAUCUCGCGAGUCACCACGUGCAUGUCGCGACCCAUUCUUACGGGGGCUGCUGGUAUUGUGGUGGCGAUGGCGGCGCCCAGUGACUGUGCUCACACUCUUGUCGCUUGAUGCGCUGUUUGUGCGCUGAUGUGAGCGAAUGCCUAUGCGACGUAUAUCGCUGGGGCGGAGGGUGCCGUUGUUGUAGCCACCGUCGAUAGCGUCAUCGUCUUCGGUGUCUGCGGUGGAAGACGAGUGGUCUCGCUUUGUCUUCCAGCCGUUUCCUCCCGAGAAAAUGUCCUCAAUGCACUCAUCUGCAGGGAGUUCUGCAGGCUGGCGGGACCAUGACGCGGCCAGGGUUCGGCGGUACAAAUCUUGCACUUCGGCGGUCUCCCGGUUCUUGCUCAUGACUGGUAGGGCUGUAUUGCAGGUAUGUUAGCAUUGUAAUGAAUUGCCAGCAUAGGCUGAGAGACUUACGGCCUGUAUCAUCCUCCAGUUGUUCUGGUGCCAUGAACCCAGCAAUACCACCAAACACAGGAGCAGUUUUAAGAGCUGGCGCUAUAUAGCUGCGCUCGCCAUCAACUUGCACCAUAAGAAUGCCAAUCUUGAGUGUGCUGUUGACUUUGCUAUCCUGCAUGAGGUAGCGGCGUACAAUACCAUCCUCGGGGUCGCGAGUAUCAGUGCUGGAGCGAGGCGCAGAGCUAACGGGACUGAUUCCACUUGAGCUGCCGUGGCGGACUCUGGUGGGCGAGGAGAAUGAAUCUCGGGCGAAGGAUUCGCUCUCUUCGACAUACUCACUCAGAUUCAGUCGAACGAAACCUAGCGUCAUCUUUUCGGCGCCGGGGAAUUCUUGAACGAUCUCCAAUUCGAUGGGGCAUUCAGACAACACAUUGGAUUUGUCCAAGGAAAUUCGGACAGACUGAAUGACUUUGGUGUAGGCAUAUUCAACGCGAUGGUUCGCAACGGAGCACUUGCUAGUGCGGCCGCGAUGCUCGGCAUGCAUUGAAUGAGAGAGAUGCCAUUUGAUGUACGAGUUCCCGGAAACGAGCGGAACAUUGUUGAGAUCAUAGAUCUUUCUUCAAAUUUGGGCUAGAUGGGCGAUAGAUACCUUGGUUAGCAAUGGACAGAGAGGAAGCGGGAGUAUAUGCUUUUGUCAUUUACCUUGCGAUGGCCCUUUCCCACUGAGAGAAUAUUCAUGUUAGCAGAUGCACAAAGACAAUUGAACAGAAUGCGGCGCAAUCCGGAUGGCCCGGGAGAUAUAUAGCGAGUACCGGAUGGCACAGGCUGGUGGGGGAGCUUGGGCUAAUGCGAGGCAGCGCUGUGGCGGAAAGGGGAAGGGAAGAAUGGCUUGCGCGUUAUCGGAGGGAGGGGUUCGGAGGCCUUGAAAGGAAAUAUAUCAUGGAACUUACUAAACGACGCCAUUUAUUUAUGUGCGCAUCGAGGUAAUCAAUCUGUGGGUGGCUCCAGGAGUUUGCUGUGUAGAGAGGCCCUUGAACGCGCGGUUGAUUAAGGAAAAGCCAGGCCACGCUGACACGUGGAAGGGGCUCAAGGUGAUACAGUACGAGUGUGCUGUAGCAGAUGGUGAAAGUCGCGAGUAGCACAGGCCGAGUCGAAACGCCGUGCGACAGCCGAGGAAGAUUUGCAGGAAGCUAAAGAUAGACAAAUAAUGUAGCGACUGAUAAUGCGGGUGUGAGAAGAAAUGUCCGAGGAGCGCAUGCGAUACCUGACUGACUAGUUGUGCGAACCAAACUUUGGGGCGUUGGCAGCACUUAGGGGGCUAUAGCGAGGCUGAGGGGCCCCAAAGUACGCUAAAGUAUGACGAUGGACCUUGCGCCGGCUCUGGCGUUUAGUGGAGUUUGGAGGAGCUUUUCCCAGGCUGGGGCAGUGACUGGGGCGCCUAUAGCGGCAUGUGAAAGCGAGAGAGAGGCUUGUGAUACCAGGUUGAGUGAAUUGCUCAAAGAGAAAGACUGCAAAUGGAGAAAAGUGAAGGGGAGAAGAAAUGCC